CCGGGAGCCGGAGCCGGAGCCGGAGCCGGGCCGCCAUCAUGCUGAGCCGGCUCGGGGCGCUGCUGCAGGAGGCCGUGGGGGCGCGGGAGCCCAGCAUUGACCUGCUGCAGGCCUUCGUGGAGCACUGGAAAGGCAUCACACACUACUACAUCGAGAGCACAGAUGAAAACACCCCGGUCAAGAAAACGGAUAUCCCCUGGCGGCUGAAGCAGAUGUUGGACAUCCUGGUGUACGAGGAGAGGCAGCAGGCAGCCGCUGGCGAGGCUGGGCCCUGUCUGGAAUACCUGCUACAGCACAAGAUCCUGGAGACCCUGUGCACGCUGGGCAAGGCCGAGUACCCCCCGGGCAUGCGGCAGCAGGUGUUCCAGUUCUUCAGCAAGGUCCUGGCCCAGGUGCAGCAUCCCCUGCUGCAUUACCUCAGCGUCCACAGGCCCGUGCAGAAACUCCUUCGACUUGGUGGGACAGUCUCUGGGUCCCUGCCAGAAAAGGAAGAGUUACAGCUCACCACUGUCCUCUGCUCUAAGAUCCAGCAGGACCCGGAGUUACUCACCCAUAUCCUAGAAGGUAAAAAGAUUGGCAGCAGGAAGAAGGCAUCUAGAGACUACACUGCUCUGCCUAAAGACACAGCCAGCCACAGGGACAAGGACCGUCCCCACAACAGUGCUCCUGAUGGGGAGCACUGUGGGCCCCCAGCUUUGAACAGCUGCCUGCCUGCUGAGUCCGAGGGGCCUGGUGGGCCAGCGGAGAGCAACCUCAUCACCUCCCUGCUGGGGCUGUGCAAGAGCAAGAAGAGUCGGGUGGCCCUGAAGUCCCAGGAGAACCUGCUGCUACUGGUAAGUGUGGCCUCCCCGGCAGCUGCCACCUACCUGGCACAGAGCAGCUCCUGUUGUGUGGUGAUCGCCGAAUACCUCUGCCAGCUGUACCGGUCCAUGCCUGCCUUCCUCGACCCCGCAGACAUUGCUGCUUUAGAAGGCAUCAGCUGGAGGUUACCCAGUGCCCCGUCCGAUGAGGCAUCCUUCCCCGGCAAGGAGGCGCUGGCUGCCUUCCUGGGCUGGUUUGAUUACUGCGACCACCUUAUCACAGAGGCACACAAGGUGGUUGCGGAAGCCUUGGCGAAGGCUGUGGCCGAGAAGCUGUUUGUGGAGACUCUGCAGCCUCAGCUCCUCCAUGUGUCCGAGCAGAGCAUCCUGACUUCCACUGCCCUGCUGACAGCCAUGCUGCGCCAGCUGCACUCCCCUGGGCUGCUCCAGGAGGCCGUGGCCUUUCUCCUGGGCGCCGACCGGCAGCCUGCGGUCCUGGAGGACAGCUCCCGCACCCUAGGAGCGCGCCUCAUAGGGCACUGUGACCAUCUCUCUGAUGAGAUCAGCAUCGCCACGCUGCGGCUAUUUGAGGAACUGCUCCAGAAGCCGCACGAGCGGGUCAUCCGGAGCCUGGUCCUGUGCCACCUUGAGGGCCGCCUGUAUGUGGCCCGGGGCUCGCCGGAGCCUGAGAGCUAUGAGGACACCCUGGAUCUGGAGGAAGACCCCUACUUCACCGAUGGCUUCCUGGAUUCUGGGCUUCAGCCCUGCGCAAAGCCUCACCGAGCUCCAGCCCCAGGUUCUGACGGCAGAACAGCCGUGACGGAGAUCGUGAACAGCUUCCUCUGCCUGGUCCCCGAGGAAGCCAAGACGUCAGCCUUCCUGGAGGAGACCGGAUAUGACACGUAUGUCCACGAUGCCUACGGACUGUUUCAGGAGUGCAGUUCCCGGGUCUCCCCGUGGGGCUGGCCCGUAGGCCCUGCGCCCUUGGACCCCAACGAACCUGAACGGCCUUUCUUUGAGGGCCACUUCCUCCAAGUGCUCUUUGACCGCAUGGCCCGGAUUUUGGAUCAGCCAUAUAGCUUGAACCUACAAGUGACCUCAGUCCUGUCCCGGCUCGCUCUCUUCCCCCACCCCCAUAUCCAUGAAUACCUCCUGGAUCCCUACAUCAGCCUGGCUCCUGGCUGCAGGAGCCUGUUCUCGGUGCUUGUCAGGGUGAUCGGGGAUUUAAUGCAAAGGAUUCAGAGGGUGUCCCAGUUUCCGGGCAAACUGCUUCUGGUACGCAAGCAGCUGAUGGGCCAGGUCCCUGGAGAGCAACUGGACCACCAGACCCUCCUCCAGGGCGUGGUGGUGCUGGAGGAGUUCUGCAAGGAGCUGGCUGCCAUCGCCUUUGUCAAGUUUCCUCCGCAUGCUCCUCACCUGAACCUCUCUCCACCCCCGGAAGGGCAAGUCUGAGCCAGGAGGAUGACGAGCAGGGGAGACUCCUGUCCGUACCUCUGCCCACGGGCUGCCUCCUGCCUGGCCCUGCUGCCACCCUCUCCUCCACGCUGAGGGCUUCGGCUCCUGGGCUGACCGCAGCAGACCUUGACCUUGCUGACCACAGAACCCUGGGUUUCAGAGAGGGCCUGAGGAGCCAGGAGCUGGCUUCCCAGACAACAUGCUGUCUUUGGGGACCUUCUUGGAGCAGCUGGGGAGAUGGCCAGCAAGCACUGUCCGCUGACCCUCGUGUAUUAUGUGACCCUCCCCAUACUGUCCAUGUUUGACUAAGGCCACAACUUGGGACAACAGCAGAAGCAAUAGGAAGCAGUUGUUGGCUCUGAGGCUGACCCGGGCCAGAGCGCGAGGGCCUGGGAGCCUUGCCUGUGGCACUUUAGGUACCAUGGAAGCUGCUGAGACACAACAGGUUUCUUUCCGGCCUCCCUGGUGAAAGAGCAGCGAAGGAGACUGAGGGGAAGCCCCUCUCCUCCUCUGCCCUCCUGGAGACUGUUGCAAAAUUCCCAACCACCUCAUGGCAAAUGCCCAAAGCAUGCUCCGCGCCCAGGCGGGGGCAGCUGCUAACGAGAACCUUGGCGCAGCUGCAGCCGGGGCGGGUGAGGGCCUUGGAGUCGGAUGCCAGGCUUCAGCUCCAGCUGGUUCCUCUCUGGCGCCUUCCGAACCCGUCUCAGCAGGUCCAUAACACCUGGGCAGAGAGGUCAGCGACCAAGGGAGGUGGGCCCUGCCCUCCAAAUCCUGCCUAGCACCCAGGGCUCCCAAUGGGGGAGCGCAGGAGCUGGGGGCACAAGCAGAGUAAGGUACCCCCUGACUCCAGACCCCUAAUGCCUGCAGGGAGCAGCUGAGGCACAGCUAACUGGCACUGGUGUUGUUCUCCGGGUGCCCUCUGUGGCUGGAGCCGCCACCCCACCCGGCCUGAAUCUGUCUCGACCUGCAAGAACACACGGGCGGCGCCAGGCAUUACCUCACAGCAGGACUGUAGCGCGGGCUUAGCUCCUGGGCAAGGAGGAGCAGGCCAGAGCCCCUUUCGCUUCCUUUUCCUGCCCAUGCCGCUUCUAGAAGCCGGGCACGGGUUGCCAAGAGGUGACAUGAAAGAGGAGGAAACUCGGUGACCUCUACCUCUCCCGCAUUCCUUCUGGCGGGGGAGAACUUUUCUGGCGCUCCAAAGCAUCAUGCACACACGUGUGCGUGCGCGUGUGUGCGUGCACAAGAGUGCUGGGGUGGGCAAGGAGCGGCUCUCGGCGGGAAGAUUGAGUCUCUAUUCUCAGACUCGUUAAGAUGGGCGAGGGUCUGGGUGUGACAGACCUUCUGCCUCUAAUCACGCACUUUGGGAUUUUCACGGUGUCUUCCCAGACAGCACAGCAAUAAACAGUGUGAUUGCGUGACACGGUGA